CAUCCUCGUUCUCGCCUCCAGUCUCCCACACUAUCGCUAUUCUACAACUGACAUUGUAGUAUAGAGGUCUGCCAGUUCUCUCUCUCUCUUGGUGAAAUGGCUUCUCUGGCAGCAUCAACGGCAGCUGCCUCCCUUGGCGUGUCGGAAAUGCUUGGAAACCCCCUCAACUUCAGCGGCGUGGCCAGGUCGCCUGCUCCCACUGCCUCCAGCCCUGCCACCUUCAAGACCGUCGCUCUCUUCUCCAAGAAGAAGGCCGCACCAAAGACCAAGCCCGCUGCUGUUGCUCCGGCUGAUGACGAGCUCGCCAAGUGGUAUGGUCCUGACAGAAGAAUCUUUUUGCCCGAGGGACUUCUGGACCGGUCUGAGAUCCCAGAGUACUUGACAGGAGAAGUUCCUGGAGACUAUGGAUACGACCCUUUUGGAUUGAGCAAGAAGCCAGAAGACUUCAGCAAGUACCAAGCGUUUGAGUUGAUCCAUGCUCGAUGGGCUAUGCUUGGAGCUGCCGGGUUCAUUAUCCCAGAGGCCUUCAACAAAUUUGGAGCCAACUGCGGUCCUGAGGCUGUCUGGUUCAAGACAGGAGCUCUUCUCCUAGACGGGAACACAUUGAACUACUUUGGCAAGAACAUUCCCAUCAAUUUAGUUGUGGCCGUUGUUGCUGAGAUAGUUCUCCUCGGUGGAGCUGAAUACUACAGAAUCACCAAUGGCUUGGACUUCGAAGACAAGCUUCACCCUGGUGGUCCAUUUGAUCCCUUGGGGCUGGCGAAGGAUCCAGACCAGGCAGCACUUCUGAAGGUUAAAGAGAUUAAGAAUGGGAGACUUGCUAUGUUCGCCAUGCUCGGUUUCUAUUUCCAAGCUUACGUAACAGGAGAAGGCCCUGUGGAGAACCUCGCUAAGCAUCUCAGUGACCCUUUCAGCAACAACUUGCUUACUGUCAUCGCUGGAACUGCUGAAAGAGCUCCAACCCUCUAAUUUUCUUUCUGAUUUUUCUCUUGUUUGUUUGUACUCACUUGUGAUGGACAUGUCAAAGCGCUUUGUCUCUGCUCAUCUUGGAAAUCAAGAAGUGUUGUUUGUUGUUUUAUUUUUUAUGAGCAGGUCAUGUGGUGCACUCUUUAUGUACUAUACAAGUAUUUCGACAUGUACAAUUGUGAUUGAGACUCCGUAAAUUUUAUUUUAGUACGUUGUCCCUAAUUUGAGAGAUAA